AUGACGCGCAACACGGCUAGAGCAUUGGUCCUGGCUGGUCUGUUGGGCCUCUCCGCUGCGAAAGAAGUUGACUUGAAGCGGAGCCUUGAUCUCAUAGACCCGCUGAUCGGAUCGUACAAUGGCGGCAAUGUCUUCACCGGAGCCACACUGCCAUUCGGGAUGGCAAAGGCGGUAGCAGACGUCUCGGGCCAGAACACCCCAGGCUUCAGCUACGAUCUCUCGAACGUGACCGGCUUCUCAGCUCUGCACGACUCUGGUACUGGUGGCCAACCUUCGAUGGGCAACUUUCCGAUUUCAGUGCAAUCAUCUUGUGCUGGCGACACUAUAGAUGGAUGCACAUUCGGCUCUAAAUACGGUCGAGCAGUAAACUACGUCAACGGUAGUGUGGUAGCCAAGCCAGGCCUCUUCUCACUGGACCUAGAGAAUGAAGUCAAAGCGCGAAUGACUACUACUCAGCAUACAGCUCUAUACGAAUUCACCAUGCCAGCGAAUGGCUCGAGUCCUCUGAUCCUGCUAGACUUGACCGACUUGCAAGACAGUCGGCAGAACGCCUCGAUCUCGGUCGAUCCAGGGACUGGUCGUAUGAGUGGAAAUGGCACAUUCCUGCCCAGCUUUGGCGUAGGCUCCUAUCAGGCUUAUUUCUGUGUGGACUUCCGUGGCUCAUCGAUGCGGGAGACUGGAGUGUGGGUUAAUGGCCGAGCUGGUACUGAGCCGAAGGAGCUCUUCGUCAAUCGAGGGUAUAGCUUAUUCUACAUUCAGGCUGGUGGCUUUGCGAGGCUUCAGAACCCAGAAAGUGGGACACUGCAAGCUCGCAUGGGCAUCAGCUUCAUCAGUACCGAACAAGCCUGUCAGAAUGCAGAAAAUGAGAUCCCAAAUGAUGCCCAAGACGGCGGUUGGGACUUUGCGAAAGUGUCCACCGCCGCCGAAGAAGCCUGGAAACAGAAGCUUUCUGGAGUCUCGAUCGUACCAGGAGGUGCCUCCGAAGAUCUGCAGAAGACUUUCUUCACUGGCAUCUAUCGCACGAUGAUAUCUCCGCAGAACUACACUUCUGAGAAUCCGCUCUGGCAAAGCAGUGAGCCAUACUUUGACAGCUUCUAUUGCAUGUGGGAUUCAUUCCGAACAGCCUUCCCCUUCCUGACCAUCACUCAGCCGGAGGCCCUAUCUGAGAUGAUCCGCAGCCUCAUCGACACCUAUGCCAACGAAGGCUGGCUACCGGACUGUCGCAUGCAGCUAUCGAAAGGGUUCUCGCAAGGAGGCUCGAAUGCAGAUGUCGUACUCGCCGACGCAUACGUAAAGAACCUAACAGGAAUCGACUGGAGCCAUGCCUACGAAGCCGUCUUCUGUGUGGCGAGUAUGGCGCGUGGGCUUGGGCACGACAGCGACUAUGAGAAGUAUCUCGAUAGAGGUGCCAAUUGGCAGAAUCUAUACAAAGCUGACCAGGGCUCGACUUGGCCGAAUGGGACGACAAUUGGGAACUUUACUGGCUUCUUCCAGCCUCGCUACUCCAAUGGCUCUUGGGGCUACCAGAAUCCGUUCGAGUGCUCGCCGCUCGACGAUAAGUUUUGCAGCUAUAGCUCGAAUCCCCGCGAGACCUUUGAGUCCGCCAUUUGGGAGUAUCAAUUCUACGUACCUCAGGACCAAGCCACUCUCAUCUCCCUGCUGGGUGGACCUGCCGACUUUGUCCGUCGCCUAGACUAUCUGCACGAGUCCGGCCUCCUCGAUAUCGGGAACGAACCAAGCGAGCUAACCGCGCUACAAUACCACUACGCAGGCCGACCAGGCCGCUCAGCAUAUCGCCUGCAUACCUACAUCCCCUCAUCGUUCAACGCCAGCAUCAAUGGCUUACCCGGCAACGAUGAUGGAGGAGCACAAGGAUCGUUCAUCGCGUUCGCCAUGUCUGGCUUGUUUCCUGUUGCGGGGCAAAACGUCUACCUAAUUACGCCGCCUUUCUUCGAAAGUGUGAGUUAUACGCACCCGCAGACCGGAAAGAUUGCCACAAUUCGAAAUGUCGGCUUCGACCCGAAUUAUGAGGCGAUUUACAUUCAGAACGCAACGCUGGACGGCAAGAGCUACAGUCGAAGCUGGGUUGGGCAUGAGUUCUUCUUGCAGGGUGCCGUGUUGGAGCUCAGGCUGGGAAAGGAAGAGAGUGAUUGGGGAACGAAAGAGGAGGACUUGCCACCCAGUGCAAGUGCUGAAAUGGGAGGGAUGUUUCAUGGGUCGCUGUAG